UGGACAACCAGUUCGUCGGCAACCAUCAGCGUCGGCAUGCCACUGGCAACGUGAUCGUCCACGACACUACUCGGUGGUGGUUUUUUUUAGGAGGUGCAACGUUGGCCACCGGUCAGUUAUUUGUUUAUCGAAGUCGACUCAUCCACCGAAACACGCUGCUCGUUCGGGGUUCUUCCGAAAGAUUUGAAGGGAUUUCCCCGUUGUUCCCGUGCAAGUUUGCGAGUGUUGUGGUGAGUGUUGUGAAAAGGAAAAACACGAGGGAGUGAACAAGAAGUCCGUCCGAUCGACUACAACAAUGGAGGCCACAUCCUAACCUCACCCCGUUCUUAAGACCCUUAAAGUGAAAGGAAGGUUACGGUGGUGUUUUGUGAGGUUAGGUUACCACGACCCGACCCCAAACUACUACAGUGCGUGUUUGUGUGCGUUAGUGUAUGUGUGCGUGGUGAGUUCACUAGAAGAGUAGAACGGUUUCACGCCCGCUGGCAGUCACGAUUCGUGAUGAGGGAGUUUCGGAGCACCACAGCCACCUCUGCAGUGGCCAUGCUGCUCGUCAGCGCAGUGUGGCUGGCGGGACCUAGCGGCAUCGCUGCGCUCGACGAGGUGACGACAGCCUCCACGGCUUCACCAAGCUCCGAACGGUCGGGCCAGCCGCAGGCAACGCAGACGACGCAGACGACGAUGGCGACGCCACCGGUAACCGACAGCGAAAACAAGUUUCUGAAAUAUCUGUUCAACAAGUACGGCAGCAAGGGUGUGAUCUCCUUUGAGGGUCUCGAGCAUCUGAUGCACAGCCUCGGUCUCGGUGGGCUGGACUUUCCGCACACCUUGAAGGAGCAUCGCCCGGAAGGGUACGACUUUGGCGAUUACGACGAUGUUUACAAUGGCGAACAAUCACCGCCACCGCACGAUCCCCAUCAUCAUCAUGAUGAUCAUCAUCCCCAUCAUCAUCAUCAUCACCGCGAGAACGGAGAAGAGAUAACUGAUGACGGGGUGACAGUGGAACCACCGGUGAUAACGUUCGCCAACACAAUCCCUCAAGAAGCGCCACCAGCGCGUCGUGUCCCACAGGAGCAACAUCACCAUCAUCAAGACGGUGAUGAGGGCUCCGGUGGUGGGGCCAGUACGUCAGUGACACCGACCCAGCACGUUCCACGGACACACACCAGCAAGGGAACGACCCCGGGAAGGGCUGGUGAACGUGGUACGACGACGACGACGACGACGACGACGUGGCCCGGACUCAACGAAGUCGACGACGAUCACGUGUGGCAGGAGAUGAUCUUCAAAGACAUACACGAUCCUCGGCAUCGGCAUCCACGGAACAAAAAUGUACCAUACUGCUUAUCACCGAUGUCCAUCGUGCACCUGGUGAUGGAAGAGCCGGUACUUGCCAAGCAAGCCAACCUGCGCCACCGCCGCUCCCUUGCCCACCACCAGCAGCUCGAGCUGCGACAAGAUGGUACCGAAGAUGAUGGAGCGAUCGCCGGUGAUUCGAGGAUCGAGAUCACACCGUCCGAGUUUAAGGAUCUCUGCCCUGCGUUCCUGGUGCAGCUCGAUCAGCGAGCCUGUACGCAAAAGCUGCAGCGGGAAGCUAAUCCACGGCGUGAGAAGAAACCGUUCUCGCAAGCAUGGAUCUACGCCUCGGCCAGUGUACUGAUCAUUUCGCUGUGCGGUCUGGUGGGAGUAGCGAUGGUACCACUGGCCAAGUCCAUCGCUUACGACGAUAUUCUUCGGUUUCUGAUCGGUCUCGGUGUCGGUACACUGUGCGGUGAUGCGUUGAUGCAUCUGCUACCCCAUGCGUUGCUCCCGCAUGGCGACGAGGAGCACAGCCAUGAGGCACAUGCCGAGACCGACGAUCACGACCACUCGGCGGAAUCGAGAGCCGUCUGGCUCUGUCUGUGUUGCUUCGGUGCUGCGUUCUUCAUGUACAGCUUGGAGAUGAUCCUGCCACUGUUUCGCAAUGGCAACGCUCACGGACAUUCCCAUGGGUCCAGUUCGCAGAGCAAUCGAGUGGACCCCCAACAGCCAGUACCGACCGGCCAGCAGCACCAACAUCAUCAUCAGUCUACGGACGAUAUCGAGCUGGACCAUGGAGAGCUGUCGAAAGAGCGCGAAGCCAAUACGAUGCUGGCCAAGAAGGGUGGUGCGAAACCGAUGGCAGCGGUUGCCUUCAUGGUGAUCCUGGGUGACGGGCUGCACAACAUAACGGACGGAUUGGCGAUCGGUGCAGCGUUUGCGAUCGAUCCCGUCAUGGGACUGGCGACCUCGUUCGCCAUCCUUUGCCACGAGUUGCCGCACGAGCUGGGUGACUUUGCACUUCUCCUGCAAACGGGCGUCAGUAUUAGGAGAGCCAUAUUCCUCAACAUAGUAUCAUCGGUGCUUAGCUUUAUUGGAAUGGCGCUAGGGUUGCUGCUAACCGGCUUGCAUGAGUCAGUCGUCAGCUGGAUUUACGCAGCUACGGCAGGGACAUUCCUUUACAUUGCCCUGUCCGAUCUGGUGCCCGAGAUGCGGAAUGAUCUGAGUAGAUGUGACCAGAAGCUGAAAGUCAUUCUGACGCAGCUGAGUGGAUUGGCGCUUGGUGCGGUCAUAAUGUUGCUGAUAGCGCUGAACGAAGAAAGUCUUCAGCGAUUGUUUGAGUAAUGGCUUGGAGCAUGUAUAUAGCUGUGUAAAUAAAGAUUUGUUUAGUUUUUAAA